CACUCGGCUCUCUCCCCCUCCCCUGCUAGCUUUUCUCCUCUCUUGUUUCUCAUACACUCAUUCAGCAUCACCCCCAUUUAUUCCCCCUUGUGGGACUGCUGGAGACUGACUGGGUUCCCCACUGAGUGCUACACUUCAUCCCUGGUAGAUCAUUUCCCGAUUUGCUGGGGGACUUUGCCCACCUGAUUCCUGUAACCAAAGGGAAAGGGAAGGAAUAAGGGCUCUGAUAUGUGGUACGGGAGAGCCACGAGAAGCGUAUGAGAUGCAACACAGGCUCAGAAAAGUGCACGAGCAAGCAGCAGGCAGAGAACAUGGCAAGGGCUGACAAGCUGAGGCAGCCUCCAUCCUUUCAUACAGCACUUGGUUUUCCGCAAAGCAGGCCAGACCACAGAGCUUCACUGUCUCUAAGAAACUCUGUUUCUGUCUCCAAGCUAGUAGCCAGAUAUCAAAACAUCCUGGAUCGUGAAAGUGGCACAUCAACGCAAGAGGAUCACAAGAGGAUGACGAGAAACCGUCUACUGCCCAACGAACAGGAGCCUUUGGGGGCAAAAGCUGCUGUACCUCGAGGCCCCACCAGCAAUGUCUCCGGGAGCAGGUCCAGCGCCACCCACCACGUCAGUCCCACUCCAGGGAAUACCAGCUCUGAUGCUGGCAGAGUCACUGCCGGUCCCCAACUUCUGCCUGUCUCUUCUGGCCCGCUCCUCACAACCUUUUCCGGUGGCAAGUUUAGGAAAAGCAAAUCCGAGUCUGACACGCAGACAACCCUCCAGCCUUCGGCCAAGGGGGCUAAAAGCUGGGCAGAGCUGCCCUUCUCUUCAUCCCAGAGCAGCAGGAGGAGACAGCAAAGGAGUCCUGCCACAUCCACAGCAGGGGCUUCGGCCACUAAGGAAGAGAAGCUCUCCCAGAAGACGGAGUCGAUGACCCUCACCGUGCCAGACCCGGCUUCUGACUCAGCCACACUCAGGAGCUAUGAGAGGACCUGGACAUUUCUAGACGGGUCAGACAACUCCAGCCACGUACCUCCCCAAGGGCAAGGGAGAGUGAAGGAGCUGACGGCUCACUAUCUGUCUCGGACAGCUGCCCCUGCUGCUCACAGAGGCCUCGCACAGCCUCAUACCACAAAGGCUAGCAUCAUUCGUUCUCCUGACAGCCAGAAAGCAAGCAAGAUGGCAGAGGCUCAGAGCCAGAAGUCAGCUAAGGUGAAUGGCAAGAAAACAGAAGAGGGCUUCCCUCCUCCCGCCACCCAAGACACCCUUCAGGUUUCUGCUUCCCCCAUGGGGAGCCAAGAUCCAAGCCCCCUACCUCCACCUCCUACGAAGGAGUCCUUAUCCAAGUUUUACCAGCAGCGUCAAGUGAAUGAGCUGAAGAGGCUGUACAGGCACAUGCAUCCUGAGCUGAGGAAGAACCUGGAGGAAGCUGUGACAGAAGACCUGGCAGAAAUGCUCCACGCUGAAGAUCCCAACACACAGGCUUCAGUGAAUCAGGACACAGUACCCCCUGGCGACGUCCAGUCCAUGCGCUGGAUCUUUGAGAACUGGACCCUGGACUCUAUAGGGGAUCAUGAGGGCACCAAGAAGCUAGCUGACGAGGAGAUGAGGAGCGGGGACGUGAAAAGUACAUCCAUGAGGUUUGAGAGUCAGGCACUCAGUGGGGACAAGGCAUGUGCAUCCAUCAAAGUAGCAGAGACAGGCCAGGCUAAAGGGGACGUGCGGACCGCCCGAUGGCUGUUUGAAACCCAGCCACUGGACUCGUUAAACAAACUGUACACCGAAGAGGCAGACGUGCAGGAAGCAGUCCUCAAGGAGCCUGUUCAAAAAGGAGAUGUGAAAGGUGCUGCGCAGCUCUUUGAAACGCACUCCUUGGAUGCCCUGGGACGUUGCUACUCCAUGGAGGAGCAGAGUAUCCUGCAGCUCAAGUCAGAAAUGCAGGAGCAGAAAGGUGACGUCAAAAAAACCAUCAAGCUCUUCCAGACUGAACCACUCUGCGCGAUCAGGGACAAAACUGGGAACAUUCACGAGAUCAAGUCUGUUUGCAGAGAAGAAAUCCAGAGUAAUGCCGUCAGGACGGCUCGCUGGCUAUUUGAGACUCAGCCACUGGAUACCAUCAAUAAGGACACCUCUAAAGUGCAAAUUAUCCGGGGGAUUUCAUUAGAGGAGGCAGGAAAGCCAGAUGUCAGUGGAGCAAGGUGGAUAUUUGAAACUCAGCCUCUACAUGCCAUCCAAGAGCUGACAGUGGAAGAAGAGGAUUUCAAAGCAUCCACGGAUUUUGUCCCAGGGACGGAUGUCAGUAAGCAGAGACUGCUCUUUGAGACUCAGGCCCUUGCUUCUCUCAAAGGAGAAGUCUCCGACAGUGGUCCGGCCAAAGAAGAAGUUGUUGGCGGUGACGUGAAAUCAACACUCUGGCUAUUUGAAACCCAGCCCAUGGAAACCCUGAAAGAUAAUUUUGAAGUGGGGCAUUUAAAGAAAGUGAACCUUUCAGAAGAGGAGAGGGGAGAUGUGAAGCAGAGGAAGCACAUCUUUGAGACCUGUCCCCUGGGUAGCAUCUCCAAGGCAUCCUCAGAAGAGGUCUCCGCCACCAAUGUACAAGAGGUGGUGAAAGGAGACGUGAAAUCGUUCAAAACCUUAUUUGAGACUCUCCCUUUAGACAGCAUUAAGCAGGCUGAUGCUGAACCUGUCACCAAAGAGAAAGAGGAGAUCCCGGCUGGGAACGUCAAAGCCACCCAGGUGCUGUUUGAGACAACCCCUCUGUAUGCUAUCAAGGACAGCUUGGGCAAUUUCCACCAGAUCACCUCCGUCAGCAGAGAGCAAGUCAUAAGCGGUGAUGUCAAGAACUACAAAUGGAUGUUUGAAACCAGACCUCUGGACCAGUUUGAUGAAAGCACCCAGAAGGUGGACAUCAUUAGAGGGAUCACCAAGCAGGAGGUGAUGGCUGGGGAUGUCAAAACAGCCAAGUGGCUCUUUGAAACCCAGCCCAUGGAUGUCAUCCACACCCAGGUGAACCAAGGAGAAGAGCACUCCUCGGUGAAAAGGGAGGUGUCCCAGAAGGGCGACGUGAAGACCUGCAGGUGGCUAUUCGAGACGCAGCCGAUAGACACGCUGUACGAGAAAACAGAGAAGAAGCAGGAAGAAGACGGCUCUGUACCACAGGCCAAUGUCAAGUCGUACACAUGGAUGUUUGAGACCCAAUCCCUGGACUCCCUGAAAGGCCAGGAGGAACAGUAUCUGCAGGUCAGCAAAGCAUACUGCCAGGAUGACUUACAAGGGGUUGACGUCAAAACUGUUAGCCACCUGUUUGAGACUGAGCCCCUGGUCAGCGAUGCCUCCAGCGAGCGUGACUCAAAGAAGCCUGUCAGGUAUUCGAGCCGUGUGGAGAUACAGUCCGGGGAAGUGUCCAGGGUGAAGGAGUUCUUUGAAACCAAGCCCUUGUACACAGCGGAUGCACCGACUGCCACGGUGAAAAAGAGCGAUGUGCCCACAGCUGAGAACAUCGAGGCUGGAUCAGUGCACAAGUUCACCUGGCUCUUUGAGAACUGCCCAAUGGAUGCUAUAAAGGACAACACCGAGGGCAUCCAGGAAAUCCCUCCAGAGAAGGAUAUCAAGGGCGGAGAUGUGGGAGGCAAGAGGUUCGUUUUUGAGACCUACUCCCUCAACCAGAUCCAUGACGAGGUGGACGAAACGGAGAUCAAGAGGAUCCAGCAGGAGACUAUGAGCAAAGCGAGUGUCAAGUCCCGCACCAUGCUGUUUGAGAACCAGCCAUUGUAUGCCAUUCAGGACAAGGAUGGGGACUACCAUGAAGUCACAUCAGUGAAGAAGGAGGAGAUCAUGAAAGGUGAUGUGAAAGGUGCCCGGUGGCUGUUUGAAACCAAGCCACUGAACCAGAUCAAGAAGGAAGAGGAAGUGUUUGUUAUCCGGGCUGUCACCCAGGAGGACAUCAAGAAAGGGGACAUCCAGGCUGCCCGGUGGAGGUUUGAGACAGAGCCCCUCGAUUCCUUCUCCUGUGGGAAGCGACCCGUGGUCAGGACAGUCGAUGACGUGCAGAAAGGAGAUGUCCAGUCCAACAAGCAGCUCUUUGAGUCUCAGCAAGCGAGCCAAAAGAAGUACGUGCGGAUGGUCAGCAUGAGUGAUGUCCAGCAAGGUGACGUGAGGACCUCCACCUGGCUCUUUGAGAACCAGCCCAUCGAUUCCCUGAAGGGAGAGUCUGACGGCAGCACUAUCAGCACUGUGCAGAGAGAAGACAGUCAGAAAGGGGAUGUCAAGCGCUGCACCUGGCUCUUCGAAACUCAGCCCAUGGAUAGCCUCAAAGACUCAGAAGUCUCUGCCCGCCCAGAUGCCCCAGAAGCUAUCCCACGUGCUGAUGUGAAGAGCACAACAUGGCUAUUUGAGACGACCCCCUUGGACAAAGUCAGCGCUACUAUUCACGGAGCAGAAACGGAGGUGAGAGAGCGAACUGUGAGGGAAACUUUGCAAACCCUCUGCACCUGCCAAGCCAUCCAGCAUGGUGGGAUCCUCAUAGAAGCCAAUGAUGCAGAGAGCGUGAGGAUGGCAAAGUACCAGCUCAGCAGCCCGGGCACUCCAGAGAUCCAAAAAGAAGAGACUGUGAAAGGCAAUUUGCAAAGGAUCAUCUUGCAGCUGCUGUACCAGACCAAAGUAGAGGCCCAGGGGGUGCUGGUGGAGGAGGAUAAGGAGGGCAAGAUCAAAGUCAGCCCACUGCAGCUAUUGGAUCCAAGCAAAGCCCAUAAAAGCACAGAGGACUUGAGUGACGAUGUGACAAAGGUUCUCCAUGACCUCCCUAGCCAAGACACCUCCAUCAAAAAGGGAAUGGUCAUCCAAGAGAUGAAGACGGGGUCAAGGAAGAUGACCAUCUACUCCCUCCUGCGCCACUCUGUUCAGCAGGAGGUUGUCAAAGGGGAUGUGAAGUCAACCAUCGGAAACCUGCUGGCUUCCUCACAAGAGCAGAAGACAGCAGCGACCAUCAGACGGGAAGAUAAUGAGAAGGGAAACGUCCAGCUGUACACCAGUUGCAUUGAGAAGGGAAACCUGGACUAUCUAAAGACCCUGCAGCAGGAAUCAGAGUUUGAGUCUCUUGUCCCAACCCAAGCUGAACAGGAGCCAGCUGAAAGUAUCCCAAGAGACACACAGGGGGCUAAGACACACGUCUUGCAAGAAGAACGAGUAGAGAAAGCGAUUGCAGAUGUUGUCACAGGGAAUGUGAAGGGGGCUACGAAAGUGCUCAUGUGUGAAGGAGUAAGUAAAGAGGGCACGUUAGAGAGAAAAGCAACGGAUGCAGGUGCUGCAAGCUCCACUGCGCAGUGUCUUGGGAAGCCCCUAAGCCUGCCCACAGUGGUGGAAAAGAAAGAUACUAAGCGUGGGGAACUUAAGGUGACCAUCAAGUCACUUCGAAAGAGUAAGGACGGUAGCAAGAAGGUGGAGAAGGAAGAGUCGGUCAUGGAGGGAGCCAAGAUUGCGCUGCAGGAAGAAGCCUCUGCUGAAGCGAUGGCUCGGAGAGAUGAGGCGGCCAAGGCAAGCCAGUGUCUGGUGGUGGGGCAGCCCAGCCCAACAACAGGAGACGGGCAAGAGCACGCUCUUGGAAGUGAUCUUCAGGCUGCCAUGCAGAGUCUGAGGCUGGCCACCGCCGAGGCGAAAAGCAUUCAGCACCAGGUCCAGAGUAAGCUGCACAAGAGCGGUGAGGAAAUCCACGUGGCCUCCAAGCAGCAGGCCAUCAACACGCAGAAGGAAGUGACCCUCCAGGCAACGGUACGCAAGCAGGACUGUACCGCCACCCAGCAAUGUCAAGCUCGCAGUGCCACCACCACCACCACCACCAAAGUCCACAAGGCCUCCAAGUCCCAGUCAAGCAUGUCACAGAAGAGCGUGACGUCCCACAAAAAGGUCAGUGCUUCGGAGGAAGUACAGGGAGGACAGCAGUUGAGCCAGGAAAGUCAAGUUAUGCCUAGUGCAGAUGUUAGCAUUAAGGAUGGCCUUUAUACUGCCAAGCCAGUGAAAACCUAUGUAAAUCCUUUCCUUGAGUCUGAUUACAAAGAGCAAGCAGUGCAAGAAGAAAGAGAGCAAGAUGUUAUGAUCAGAGGUGAUGUACAGACAGCUAUCAGAGCACUGCAAAGUGCUGCGGCAGAACAGAGACCGGUAGAGAAGGAGGAUGUUGUUCGAGGUAACUUAAAGGCCACGCUUCAGUCACUGGAAAAGUCUAAUGUUAAUGUCUCCAAAGGGGAUUUUAAAGCUGCUAUGAUAUACAGAAAUGCAGGGCAGUCGUAUACCACAUGUAAAAAGAAAAAUGAGGCUCCUGCGGUUAGUAACCAGGCAGCGGGAGUGGCUUCGGGGUCACAGCCAGAUACUGACUUUCCUCCUCCUCCUCCUCCAGCUGCUGUGAUGAAAGCAGAGUGUUGCCCACCCUCAACCAAAGCACCAGAAGCAGCCCCUCUACCACCAGCCACCAAGGACGACGGCCUGCAAGGUCCUGCACCCACACACAGCUCUCUGCCACAGCCCCUUGCUCCCAUCUCCACCAAAGCCAGUGAUCAGAGCCCCCCAGGCAAGCCAGAGACUCUCCCCAAACCACAAAUUACUGCCCCACCACGGAAGAAACCAGUCCCACCUCCAAAACCCGAGCGUCUCUUGGAAGAGGCACGUUCACACCAUGAUAGCAACAGCAAAGGGAGGUUGGCCAAGCCAGUUCCACCCCCGCGGCCUCCUAAACCCCCAGGCCUAGGCAAGCCAAGCAGACCACCCAUGGAUGAGGCAAAGGGCUCAUGCGAUGCAGCGGUAUCAGAGCAAACAGGUUGUGGGGAACAGCCGACAAAACUCUGUACUCCGCCGUCACCAGUAGUCAGCACUGCCGAGGCAAAGGACCGGAGCCGUGAGACAGCAACACCUAAAGACACUGCUCAAACACCUCUUCAGAUAGCAGAGGAAAGGUAUAAGGCAAGCAAGGAAGAACAGGGCAAGGUGGAGUCCACACAUUCGAAGACAUCAGAGCCACUCCACAAUGAAGUGCCCGUUUCCGAGUCAGAGCAGACAAACGAGAAAGCAGCCGUCCUGAAGGGCGCUCAGGGCUGCAUGGACGCUUGCAGCCUGGAGAACGAGUGCAUAUUCCCAUCCAAACCAGGCUGUCUGGGUGGAUCUCCAGCAGCUCUUGCUCACUCCGAAGGUCAGAGUAAGCCAAAUACAUCUCCUAACGGUCAAGCCACUCUUGCAAGGAAAGGAGCUGCCUCCCCCAAGGCAGAAAGUGCAAGUGUGCCUAAUACCUACAAGUCGUGGGACAAUCAGAGCCGGAUCCGGAAAACCAGUCAGAAGAGAACAGAAGGGAAAUCCGCCUUUGCCCAUCAGCGGGUGACCGAGCAACAGCAGGUGGACAGCAGCCGGCCGAGACCACGUGAAGUGGAGACGGAGCCGCUUGCAGAGGAGAAGCCGGUGGUGGUCAUGCGAGGGAAGCCGGGCCGGGAAACGGAGGCUGAACGGCGCAAGCGGCUGUCCGUUCACAAGGAGGAGAUCAUGAAGGGCAACGUGAAGGAGGCCAUGGAGAUCUUUGAGAACCUGCGGCGGCAGGAGGAGCUGCAGGAGAUCCUGACGCGGGUGAGGGAGUUCGAGGAGGAGACGUGCAAGGUGGACGUGAAGGCCCUGAGGAGUUUCUUUGAGGACGUCCCCGAAUGGGUGGUUCGGCACAAGUCUCGCCCACCGAAGCAGCUGCCGCAGCACAAGGCCGAGAAGGUCGAGCCGGCAGCAAAGGAGGACUCUGACAGCGUCUCCUCGGUGGAGCUGGCUUUCGAAGACCUGGAGAGAGUGAGCACUGAGAUCAUCCACCUGAAGGAGCAGACGCUCGCCAGGCUGCUGGACAUCGAGGAGGCCAUCAGGAAAGCGCUCUACUCCGUCUCCAGUCUGAAGUCCGAAUCGGACAUAGCUGGGCUCUCCGGCCUCUUCAAGGAGUCCCUGGGGAACACCCAGGGCCCCGCUACUAGCAACAACAUCCGCAAGAUCAGCAUCGUGUCCAGCAAAUCCAGGCAAGAAAAAGCAGGACAGGAGACACAGAAUGCAGCCUCGGCAGGAAGUGCAAAGGCGACAGAAAAGACCGAGGCGUCCAAGGCCGAGUUAGCGGUCCCCAGCUUGGUUCAGCCCUGUGUGAGUUCCCCCUCCUCUCCUUCCUAUAUCUCCAUCGCAUCUGCUGCCAGAAAGCCUGCAGAGUCUCCCAGGGCAGCGCAUGCUGCCUGGGAUGUGCCCUCUCCGGACCUCCCUGACACCCAAGACAAAAGGGACCCCUUUUCUAGCUCAUUAGUCCACAAAUCAGGGGGGGCAGGCAGAUGCGACCUAGCUCCAGCGGAGAACGAACAGGAGCCCAGCCAGAUGAAGGCAGGAAUGAGUUCAAUUAGGCAGCACUGUCUUGGCAACCCAGAGCACCAGAGCAGUAGCAGCACCAGUGACAGAGAAAAGUGCCCACUGGACACAUCCAAAGGCAGCUGCCAGGGUGCACUCAAGGGAGGCCUUUCUGAUUUCAGUCCUCAGGCUCCCCUGAUUGUCUCCAGCCCACAAAACCCCAAAAGGCAGAAGAGCAUCUUGGAACUGCAGACCGGGCCGAAUGGAUCCAAGCUCUACGGAGCCACCAGGACCGUGACGGAGCAGUACGAGGAGGUGGACCAGUUUGGAAACAAAAUCAUCACUUCGUCCACCACUGUCACCAAGCAAGCGGAGACCCAAACUUCCACCAUGUGCGACGUGGGCUCUCCCCCCCACUAUGAGGUCACUGCCUCGCCUCUGCUACGGAGGUAUCUGCGCAGCCCGGGGGAAGAAUUUCACUCCAACAGCAGCCUUCAGGACCCCGGAGUGGUCUUCGUCACUUUUGGUAACUCCAAACCAAAAAAAUAGGCAUGCUGGAAUAGCCGGAGGUGCCAACUGUGUACGACACACCCAACAAAUACAUCACACAGGCAGGAACUUUCCAAGUCUUAUGAGCCAUGCAAGGACGUUAUCUUAGUGUUUGUGUAUGGGAGGGGCAUCUGGAUUUAGUUUUUGGGACAAACGGCAUCCGUCUGAGCACCCCUACAGACUCAGCAUCAACCUGCAACCGAGGACCUGGCACUCGGAUAGAAACACGAGUGUUAAAAUUAGCGAAUUGUUAAUGGUGGUGUGUUCCCUUCUGAACAGUAUUUCCAGGAGCAUCUGUGGCCUCCCUGAACACAGGUAGAAGACAGGACAAUUAGAGCCAGCUAAAGGAGCCACUCAUUGGAAGCAGACUAGUUUAUCCCGCCGUGCCCUUGUCUUCCCGAUAUCAGUGAUGAUCUCCCAAUAAGCAUAUGUUAUUCCACAUACUACACAUGCAUACAGGUUGAGGGUGGGUUGGAUUAGUUUUCUCUUAUUUGCUAAAAAAAAAAGAACACUCUCAAAGUGUUUGUGUGCUAAGCAGAAAUGUAUACAGGGAAAGGAUUUAAUGCUACCUAAAACUGUUUAAAUCAGGAUUUCCAGAUUAAUCAGUAUCAUUCCCCUUAAAAGGACAUAAAGAACAAUGCUGUGGUUAAGACUGGAUUAAAUACGCCAAAAGAAAUAGAAGGUUUUUUGCUUUCCUUUCUUUCUUUUUUUAGACUUGUAAUUUAUUAUUCCUUAUAUACAAAACUGUAUCUUAGACUCCAAACUUUCUUAAGUGUUUAACGUUUAAAAACAUUUUCAAACUUUGUAAAGCAUUUUUUUUCUUUUUACAAUUACUUUUGUUUUGUACAUUCUCAACUCAAGAUUUUAGAUAUUUGUGGCUUUUUUUUUAUUUUUAUUGCUGCAUUCUGAAGGUAAACAUUGCCUCCAAAAA